CUCUACAGACUUAUGUAGUGAACGAACGCUCGCUCGCGAAUAAAUCAGUGACGAUAUUAAAAAGUUGACUUUUUUGUAUGAAAAUCGUGUUGUGUCUUAUUCAUUUUUACAAGUGUGGACUUUGGAUUAUUAUUUCUAUAAACUGUGGAUAAUUUGCAUGGAUUUAGUGAGGAACUAGAAAUAAACAGUGUAAGUCGUCAUGAAGAGCCUAUGAUCAUUUGAAAUUGGGCGUGAGCAGCGCCUGCGGACAAGAUGACGUCAGAGCGAACCAUCCCCCACCUGAGGGACAUCUUCGGCCUCAACCAGCAGUAUGACGCCAAGCCUUACGAAGACAGUGAAGACAAAACUAAGAAGUCAAUCAGAAAGAAGAAGGAUGACUACAGGACAUACACCAACGGUGACGUGAAAACGUUAGAAAGACAUUUAAGUAUGAAGAAGACUAUAAGGAAAAAGAUCAUGCGUGACUUACAGCAAGCAUUUGUAGAAGACCCAAACGAGUUUAAGGUCGAGAAUACAAGCCCGGAGAAGUUAAAAGCGGAGCUGAGCGCAGAAGCUGUCAAAAUCGAGAAGAACGUUCGGAAAAACGAUCCGACGUUUCUGGAUAUGCUUCGAGGAGAAACGCGGGGCGAGGAGACGAGGGAGGAGCAGCCGACGGCGGAGAAGACCAGCUUCUGGCGGCGUCUUACCAUGAAGAACAAGAAUAAGAGAUAAUCUGUUUAUCAGACCGUUCAUACGUUACUUUGUUUAGCUAAUCUACAGGUUUACUCGAGUGUUAGGUUUUGCAUCAAGAAAAUUAAUAUCUCACUGGAGAUACCUAAAAGAGAGGAAGCAGCGCCCCUGGACAGCCAUUUAAGAUCUGUAUUUCUCCUACUUUCUUUAUUUAAAUUGUUCUUAAGCUCGGUUUAUAGCUCGUUCACACAUCUGCGUAAGCUUAGACGUAGCAAGUACGCUUUGUAAUGUAUGGAACUGUAUGAAACAUGGCACACCGCUUGCGUAAAGCGUGGCCGUAUGCGUAACCCGGUGUGUUAGGGGUUUACGCGCGUCACUGCGCACGUGUCAUAUCUACGCAAUUGGUGUGAAUCGGCCUUUAGUGACAAGAGCUGAGAGGUAGCGUAAUCUUGAUGCGGACGUGGCGCUGUCACAGGUCUCAACAUCAAGUAUACAUCAAGUAUGGUGUCAAUUAUAUAUAGGAUAGGUACUUUGUAACAUUUUAGAAAUGACGAAUUUUAGAGAAGAUCGCUUUGAUACUAUGCGGAUGUGGAUUGAACGUAAAGAACUGUGUUCCUAAUAAGUUUAC